AUGAACAAACAGACCUCUCCCAUGUUUAUCUUGGUUGCUCUGAUCUUCUUCGCCUUUGUCUUCUCUUCGUCGGUCAAUGCCAUGCCAAAAAUGAAUGUAAAGAGAGCAGUAUGCCCUCAAAUAACUUAUCAUUGCUUAUUUGCACCUUUCGGAAAACCAGAUCACCAAGUUCUGGGUGAGAUUAAAUUCCAACAAAAAACAGAUUGUUCUGUGUGGCUCGACGGUCAAAUUAAUACAGUUCUUUAUCCCGAUUGGUACAACUACAUACCCGAAUCGAUCAACUAUGAUGUCCAUGUAGUUGAUGACCCUAAUGAUCAAAACAAAGUUUUCUUGGAUCUGGACAUGUAUCUCAAACCCCGAAUUGAUGCUCCUUUUACAACUAUUAUAACUUCACCCACUUUCGAUUUUACAAAACUCAAAGGCAAAACUUGUAUAGUGGCGUUCGAAGAUCUGCCAAUGGAUCAGGUUCGAGGAUAUGCCACGAUUGUUGAGCCCCCUCAGUAG